AUGGAUUCUGCUACAGGCAUUACUGUCACAUUAGUUUCACAUAGCCCGGCUACCAGACUGACAUUAAGCAAACCAGAUGAACGCAUAUGCUCCAAGAUUGUUCAAACAUACGAGAAGAUUGCUGAGAGUGCUAUAAGCCGUGGCAUUGCUGCUGUCAACUACAAGUUUAUCAAAGUGUGUGCAGAGAGCGAUCACUCAAAAAUUCGAUACAUUCCUUCAUGUCACUAUCACAUACUGCCUGAUGACAAGCUCUGCUCUAAAUGCAAUGAAGCUGCCACUGGUGAUGAUGUUAAACUUCUACAGCAUCCCAUUAAAGAUUGUUUUCAGUCAACUGAAGGUUUGACACAGGUAAAGGGAAAGGAAAUAGCUGAUGUAGCAGAUAAGAUUACUUCAUUUGCUUCUGAAAAUGUACCAGUUCAUCUAGAUGCCAUUACGAAAGCUUUUAACUGCACUGAUGAUGCUAAAGAUCUGCAAGCUGAUGACAUUACCAUCAAUAGAAUCAUUCUGUCAUGGUAUGAGAGCAAAAGAGAUACUCAAGAGCCCAGACGACAAUUGGCCAGAAAGAUUUUUGAGGUAGGAAGGCAAGUUUCUCAAUCUUGUGAAAGUGAAGAUGAACAGAAGAAAUUGAUCACAGAGUACAUCAAUAUGUCAAAAAACCUGGAUGUGUAUUUUGAUCCAGAGGCUUUAAAUUAAAACUUUAAAAGCUAG